AUGAAUGCUAGUGGACAGAAACAACGCGUUAACAAGACGUCUACAUUUGUAAGCAUUCUUCCGGGUGUGCUUGGAUACUCUGCUUACAUGGACACUCGUUACGAUCCACCAAGGAUUCGUAUCAUCUCCGCGGUGAACGAUCGGGCGCCAAAGAAGGGACUCUGCUUCUUUUGGCCGCCAUCCUCUUUGAAUGAACUGAAGGCAAAAUUCGGAGAACGGCUGAGUAAUCUCACAGAAGCACAGAAACACCAACGACUUUCUUUCUUCGCAUCAUUUACUUUCCCCAAGCUCACUUCUCCGAUAGAGUUUCACAAAACUUGUGAGGGCCAUGAUUUAGCAUAUGUAGCCUAUUACCUCUCCUGUGUGGUUCCCGCUCAGGUCCGAGCUCCUGUGUCAACUGUGAUCAUCUCCAAAAGUUUGAUGUGGUCGUCUCUUGACCAGUUUGUUGAGUUACAAGUGACAUCGAUCCCGAGAAUUCGCCAUACGACCGAUAUUCAGGAUCAGUAUUUGGAUCAAAGAACAGCCGUAGAAUCUCUAAAACUUGGUGUCUGCGUUCCACCUUUAUUCGGGGCUGUUGAACGAGAUUCUCUCAUGGAAUUUAUCGAAGCAACCAUGGUUUUGGGGGCUAAUCAUUUCUUAUUCUACGAUUACGAGAUGUCAGACGACUCACGUGACUUGUUGCGAUUUUAUCAAAAUGUCGGAACAGUCACUGUGUUACCAUGGGGAAUACCCUUCCCGGACGCGUCCAUUUGGUACCACGGCCAAUCAGUCGCCAUAGCGGACUGCUUGUUCAGAACUAUGGGGCAUUUCGACUGGGUGACGUUUAACGACAUUGACGAAUUUAUCGUUCCACGGGGUGAAAUCACCUCAUCGGGAACGAUUCCGGAAUUUCUCGUAGCGUACGGGAAACUCAACAUGUCCGGUUUCUCCACCAUUGCGAGUCUUGGGUUUCAGUCCGCCAUUUUCUACACGCCAACGUCAUUGGUUACAAACAUAAAGAGUAACACCUUCAAGUCCAUGAUUUCGGUCAAACGGACCAAGACUGUGUCAAAGGUGUUAACUAAGCAAAUUGUGAGGCCUGAGCGAGUGUUUGAGUUGGGUAUUCAUCACUUAAGUAGUGCAUUACACGCAAAUUUCACUGGACAUCUGGUUAGUCAGAAUAUAGGACUGUUACACCACUACAAGGAAUGUAAGCCUGAACCACGGUUUCUGAUCAAUUGUGACGAAUUCGUCGAGGAUAAAGCAUUUUACCGAUAUGUGGAACGGUUCAAACAUCGUGUUAAGAAAACUCUAUCCCAACUAGCACUGCUUAAACUUACCGGUAGUAGUUGA